UGGGAGAGUGCCACGUGUAAUGACCGUUGGGUGGAGGGGUCUAUAAAUACCCCUUCCCCUCCGACGAGGAAUCACAUUUGCAUUCUAAAUUGUCGAAGUGCUGCCCAUUUUUCUAGAGAGAUAAACUCUCAAGCUUGUUCUUCGUGUUCGUCGUUGUUCAAGGUUAGUGUUCAUCACGAUCUUCCUCACUUUUCAUAUUUUGCUUCCUAGACUAGUGAUCUAGUGUUAGGCGUUUGAACACCAUUAGAUCUUAAGUUAAGUCUCCUUAGGCCCGUGGUAGUAGUUAUGAAGAGCUUGAACGACGACUACUACCCCUAUGACGACCAGCCCUCCACGAGGUCGCUUGACUACGAGGUGCUCGAGGAGUUUGAGGAUGAGAUAGAGCGUUUAAGUCCAUACAAAUCCGGAGAGCCAGUGGACGAGGAAGGCGAGGACGAGGAGUCCGCCUCCUCUUCAAAGGGUGAGGACGUAGGUGCGUCCCGAGUGGUGGACGGGGCGUCCACUUCUGCUGUCAUUCUGUGCCCGAGGCCGGUGUCUGCUGUGAAGGGAGCAGCUAAGCCGAAGAGAGUGAGGAGGCCGAAGAGUGGGCCGGGCACUUCCCAGUUGGAUCUCACCAACAUCUUCCUGAUCAAGCUGGAAAGCAGUGCGGCCGACUAUCUCGUUGCCCAGAUGUACGUGGGGCCGUUCGGGCGGGUUAGGGCACCGAGGCCGACGGACCAUGUUCUUCUUCCGCCACCGGGAUACUUUGGAGUAUACCCGAUGAGUUUUGCUAAGGGGUUGAGGUUCCCCCUCCAUCCUUUCAUUACCGAGUAUCUGGACAUGGUAGGGCUUCCUCCGGCUCUGCUGACGCCGAACAACUACUCCCUGAUGGUGGGGUUUUUGCUCCGGUGUGAGGAGUUGGGCUACAGGCCGACAACGGCCUUAUUCAUGAAUUUGUACCAGAUCGGCCGAGGAAGCCACAAGAACUGUGCUGCCUAUGCUACUCUUCAGCAGCUGCCGAAGAAGAGGAGUUUCACGGAUUUGCCUACGUCCAUUCAUGGAUGGAAGAGCAAGUUCGUGUUUGUGUCCAUUGGUGAGAGUGGCACCGAGUUUCCCUCCCUCGGCCAUACCGGGAGGUUUAACCUGCACGACCCGCCGAAGAGCUCUAUUCUGGACGCUCAGGUGGAGGCUUUCCUGGAAGGGGGGCCAAGGAGCGUGAAGGAUUACAUUACUGAGUACAAGAUGGCCGCCCUCGGCUUCGUGUGGUACUAUGUCUAUGGUGACAAGGAGGAUGACCUCCAACUCUGGCCGAGGAUGACCACCACCUUUGAGGAGGCCGACGGCCCGGACUUGGGCAUUCCUGCUGAGGCCGAUGAUUUUGUCAUGGACCGUCGUUCCAUGAUGGCUAUUGCCAAGGCCAAAGCGGCCGAGGAGAUUGCUUCUAAGGCGGCCGAGGCGGCCAGACGUACCGCGGCCGGUGGGAGCGGGGCUACUGCUGAUGCGGCCCCAAAGCCUGCUCCGUCGAAGAAGAAAAGGCCGGCCACUGACGGCCAAAAAAAGUUAACUGAGGCCGGCGUGAGCGUCUCGAAGAAGACGAAGAGGGCUCCUUCCCCUUCUCCGGCUACUGAGGCCGGUACUCUGACUGCCCCCAUCGUGGACGAUGGUGGUCCCGUCGUGGACCUUACUGUUGCUGACGAUGCUGCCCCAGCGCUUCCUCUCGUCCAGGAACCACGGACGAAGAGGGCCGGCAAGGAGAUUGCCGGUGCCACCUACCAGAAGGUGGUAGAAUACCCCGUCGGCGGGGACGUGUUUAAUGAUCUCGUCCCUGGCCACGUCGUCCUGGCCCAGGCCAUGCCGGCCAAAGAUCGGGCUUACUUGAAGAAGCUCGGGGACGAGAAGAUUUACGAGGGCGGCAUGGACCUCUUCGUCCAAAGUGCCUUUAUGCUUAUGGAAAGCCAUAAGAGGCAGUAUUGGGAGAUAGCUCGCUUGAAAGGGCUGGAGCAGAAGGCUGCCUCGGCCGACGAGGCGGUAGCUUGCCUUGAUUGGCUCCGGGAGGAUGCCAAGGCGUUGCAGGCAAAGGCUGAUGAAGCCGCCGCGGCCAGGGACGAUGCCCUGGCCAAGCUCGAGGAGAGCAAAAGGGAGUUCGAGGAGUCCCAAAGGGCGCUUGAGGCCGAGAAGCGCAGGAGCGAGGAGGCCGUUAAGGCGAAAGCUGAGGCCGAAGCCGCCGCUGUGAGGGCUGCUGACGAGGCCGUUGAGAAGUUCCUGGCCGAGGGGUGGAAGGCCGAUGAGAGGCUCCCCUGGUGCUACGAGGUGGUGGCCGCCAGGCUUGAGAGUUGGGGGAUGAACUCCCCCGCUGGCCGGGAGUAUUUCAGCCGAGAGAUGUCGGUGUAUUAUAACCUGGGCCAGGAGCGGAUGCAAAGGCUCCUGUGUCGGCGGCUGUCCCGGGCGUUGAAGGCCAUGAAUUACACGUCUGGGUGGGCUAGACGGAACCUGAAGCUGCCGAAGCUGAUGAAGGAUCCAGAAGAGCAGGCCAAGCUUCCGCUGUCGGAGCGAGAGUCCCCCAUAGAAAGCUCCAGCCUUGGCGAGCCGGAUUAUACUGAAUUUGAUUUCUUAGACGAUGCCACCAGCGCCGCAGCCGCUGCCGGCCAGGAAGCUGAGGCCGAUGAGGGAGCUGAUGAGGUUGAAGAGCCAGCCGCGGAUGAAGGUGCCCUGGAGGCUUGAUCGGCUGUUCCCUGUUGUAAUUAGCUUUUCAAUUUUUUGCCAAAUGAUGUAACGGCCGAAGUGCCCCCCAAUUGUAAU